UCCUCCCCUCACUUUCUGGUGCCUCUGGCAGUAGGGCGCGCAACACAACACACUGACAGCCGCGACUUACAACCUCGGAGGGGAAGAUGGAGCCGAGAGAAACCGACUUCAACAUACUGCUAGCGACCGACUCCUACAAGGUGACUCAUUACAAACAGUACCCCCCCAACACGAGUAAAGUGUACUCCUACUUCGAGUGCCGCGAGAAGAGGACGGAUCCCAGCAAAAGCAGAAAAGUCAAAUAUGACAAAACCGUCUUUUACGGCCUGCAGUACAUCCUUCACAAAUACUUAAAAGGAAAGGUAGUGACUCCAGAGAAGAUUCAGGAAGCAAAGGAGGUGUACAGGGAACAUUUCCAGGAUGAUGUUUUUAAUGAGAAGGGCUGGACUUACAUUUUGGAGAAAUACAACGGCCAUCUUCCCAUCGAAAUCAAGGCAGUGCCGGAAGGAAGCGUCAUUCCCAGAGGCAAUGUUUUGUUCACAGUGGAGAGCACAGAUCCCGAAUGCUACUGGCUCACUAACUGGGUGGAGACUAUUCUUGUUCAGAUCUGGUACCCGGUUACAGUGGCGACCAACUCCAGAGAGCAAAAGAAGAUCCUUGCCAAGUACCUGAUGGAGACCUCUGGGAACCUGGAGGGACUGGAGUAUAAACUACAUGACUUUGGCUACAGGGGUGUGUCCUCACAAGAGACUGCGGGCAUUGGAGCCUCUGCUCAUUUGGUGAACUUCAAGGGCACAGACACGGUGGCUGGCAUUGGAGUCAUUAAGAAGUACUACGGCACCAAGGACCCAGUACCUGGCUUUUCAGUACCUGCAGCUGAGCACAGUACCAUAACAGCAUGGGGGAAGGACCAUGAAAAAGACGCCUUUGAGCACAUCAUCAAGCAGUUCCCCAACGUGCCUGUGUCCAUCGUCAGUGACAGCUACGACAUCUACAACGCCUGUGAGAAGAUCUGGGGAGAGGACCUGCGGCCGCUGAUAGAGACCCGCAGCGCGGAUGCCCCGCUGGUCGUCCGACCGGACUCAGGAAACCCGCUGGAUACGGUUUUGAAGGUUCUGGAGAUACUGGGUAAGAAGUUUCCGGUGCACGAGAACGGUAAAGGUUUCAAAGUGCUGCCUCCUUACAUCAGAGUCAUUCAAGGAGAUGGAGUCGAUAUCAACACACUGCAGGAGAUAGUAGAAGGCAUGAAACAACACAUGUGGUCCAUCGAGAACAUUGCCUUUGGAUCCGGAGGGGCUUUGUUGCAAAAACUGACCAGAGAUCUGCUCAACUGCUCAUUCAAAUGCAGCUAUGUGGUGACUAACGGACUCGGGGUGAAUGUGUUCAAGGAUCCGGUGGCAGACCCCAACAAGAGGUCAAAGAAAGGUCGCCUGUCUUUGCACCGGACGCCGAGCGGAGAUUUUGUCACUUUGGAGGAGGGCAAGGGGGAUCUGGAGGAGUAUGGAGUGGACCUGUUGCACACAGUGUUUCAGAACGGGAAGAUUGUGAAGAACUACACAUUUGAUGAAGUCAGAGACAAUGCCAAGCUGAAAGACGGCGAGCUUGAGGAGCUGCUGCACUGAAUGCGGCCAUCCCGGACCCCCGACACGUUCUAAAGCCUAAAAGAAGUCGUACUCCCCAGAUCUUCACCUUUUCACCCUUCAACAUCAAAAAUGGAGGCAUUUGCACCUCAAAUUACAAAACAAAAACGUUCCUGAAAACAUAAAACCCCCCUGAAGAUUUCUUUUUUUUAAAUCUUAAUCCAAAUUCCGAAAUUCUGAGGAAGUUUUAGGAGAAAAAAAUUUGGAAACUAGUUUAUAAAGAUAAACACAACUCCUCCUAAAGGAAAGCGAGGUAGUACAAGAAGUAAGAACACAAACAGUAAAAUACUAUCCAAGCCAGCCGCAUCAAUGUGCUGCUGCCUCAAAUUGAAUUUCAGCUUGUUUCACUGUUAGGCCAGGAUAUUUCGCAGCUUCCCUGAAUGUGUUUAGCCGACUGCUGACGGGGCGGUGUGCCCCAACCGAGGCAGAUUGUGACAAAGAGGGAAAGCGGUAACACUUCUGCGUGUCGUUCUGUACAGAAAAAGAAAGGCACAAUUUUGAACCGGCUUCGCUUUGCCCUCUAUGUGAAGGAAGAAUUGAUGACCCUUGUGAACUGCUGUGCACUGAAAACACUGAAAUACGUUAAAUGUUCAUGUUUCGCGUCACCUCGGUAGCAGUUAAUCCUAAACCCUUUAACUGUAACUAUAGAUGGUAAUGUCACAUUAUUUUCCAAAAUGUCCUGCUUUUAAUUGAUCGUCGCAGCCUGAACUGUAGUUACGUGUGCGCUGCCAACACAGACACGUCGCCGCAGGUAGAGAAACGGUCGUCUCUCUGUGUCUCAUUAUGUUUGCCCGUAGUGCAUUCUCAUCACGAAGAUCCGAUUUCAAAGCGAUUUCACAAUCUCGAAUGACAAUAAAGUAUCCAUUCAGAAUGUUUGCAGUUUUUGUGUGUAUGAAUACUGAAUUUCAAAAUUUGCUUAGAUCUUCAUGAUGGUUAAUGCACAGCCUUUUGUGUAAGAUGAUGUAAAAAGAUAUAUAUCCAUCUCAAAAGCUAUCUUCACUGGCAUGAAGAUGAUGAUGAUGAUGAUGAUAUUGUGUCCAUGAAUGAUUCUAAUUUCCUGGUUCCUGGCUGAAAUCUAUGUCAAGUGUCUGUCCUGAUACGUGUGUUUGCGAGUAUGCGUACAGGUAUUCUUCUUCCUUUAAACAACUGUGUCGUAUUCCUUUAUGCAAAUGCAAUUGUUGAUGGAAGGAUUGGAGGACACACAGAGUUUGUCGGCCUUUGAAUCUGCGUAGGGGUGGGACGCAGGGCUGGGACGUGGUCUUUUUAUAGUCAGUCGAGCAGAUCAGCAAAACUCCAGUAUCACUGCCUUAAGUCAGUCAACAAAGCUGUCCGUUGAAUUGAAUGCCCAUUUACCCAUCGGCUCGGUUCACCAUCUGCUCCGAGUCGCCCGCGCUUUCAGGCCUCGAUGGGUUUCUAUGCUUUGUUGACCUGCUUUCCAGUGUUGGACUUUCACUUUGUGAAGAGCUUGCACUGGGAUUUCAGAGGAACUCGGAGUUGGUGACGUCACAGGAAGCAUAAUAUUUGAGGGGGGAGCUUUCCGGACAGAGCAGCUGGUUGUGACGAUUAGGUUUAUUCCCGUGACGUUUUACACCUCCUCAUUUUACACCAGCUGAAUAUUAGCAGCUGCAAAAGUCCCUUGAUUCUUUUAGUUCCACCAACUCAUAUUCGUGACUCAGUGCGGUAUCGCCUUGUCGGCCACAGUUAGUGGAGAUGCACCUAUCUCUGGUUUUGUGAAGCUUCGACAUGCCAAUAUAUGAUUUUUGCCUAUUCAGUACAAUGUGUAUUACAAGAGGUGACGUCACACUGUGUGUAUGUGUUAGAUGAGCCACUGUUAAACAAGGUGUAACUCAUUUUUUAAAAUGACACAAAAUUUCAAAUUGACAGUUUAAGCUAUAUUUAGCAUCUUCUGUUACACCUACCUUGGUUAGCAUAAUCAUCAUUACUAAAACUGUAAUUUUCUUGUGUAUUUGCUUGACAUUUUUCCCCAAAAAAACAAAACUGUCAUUUAUUUCCAAAUCCAGCAUCUUCCUUGACAGGCCAAAAUGUAACAGGGUAAAACAAACCAACUUUGUUGUUCUCUGUUUAGCCUUCCUGUUAUCUUCUGAGAGCCUUUCUUUCUCUCUGCCAAAAGUGAACCCUAGAUGUGUUAGAGAAGGCUAUUUCUUUUUAAUAACUCCUGACAUCGCUCUGCUUCCACUGAUUUUGUUCAGUAACAGCAUCUACACCAAAGAGUGUUUUAACCUCAGCCUUGUAGCAGUUUGGUAUGGUGGAUUCACUCGUCAGAAAUCGAUUGGUUUUACCCGUCAGUUUUGGGUCAGUGGCAGUCAAGCUGAAAAUCAGCCAUUUUUAGGUGCAUCGGUCGUACUUGGUUGAAUGCUAAUUCGCACUAGCAUUAAACUGAAACUGUGAUGUCUCCCGACUCCCAUUUCUUGAGUUUGGCUCAGAUCAAACUGUUGAAACACAUUGAAGAUCACAGCUUCUGACCUGCUAUUUUUAUAAUUUUUUUUAUUUUUAUUACCCAUCUGUUGUUGCUGCUCUUUUAUUGCCGUAAUUCAGUUUUAAUGACCAUAGUUGUUUUCUUUUCCAAAUAUGAGGUGCAUUUAGUAAAAUAUUAUUUUACUAUUUUGAUACUAUCUCAGUUCUUACCUCAGAAAAAUAUUAUUUUGUAUGACUAGGGAGGGGGGGGGAAAAAAAGAGAUAUCACAGUAAAUAUCCUCAUUUACAAACAGUGCGGCCAUACUGCCUUCUCACUUGUACAUAAAACAAGGGGGUGCAACUGAAAGGAGAGAGGGACGAUUAGGUGGAAGACUAGAUGUGAUUUAUUAUUUUUGUCAGAACGACCAUUUUUGUACCAACAGAAGAAUAUCCAAAACGGUUCGACGGAACCGGCCGGCGUGACAGUUCCUGGGACCGUCGGGCCUUUUAGUUUCUGCGUGAGCGUAGUCCUGUGUGAAUGCCGUGUUGUGUGAUGGAUGGAACAGGAAAAAAAAAAGAGAAAAAAAGAAAAACGAAAAAAAAAAAGAAUAAGUGGUUGUGAAUAAUUUAGAUUUUUCUUUUACGUUGUUUUAAUCGUAUGUAUAUGUUGUUCCAAAUUAUUUUAUUUUUUUUUUCCCCCCAACACAACUGAGAUUUUAACUAACAUAACUUGCUAUAUUGUCAACAGUACACUGAUUAAAAAUGCCACCCUCUUGGUUUGAAAUG